AAAAGUAGUUCCCGUCUUCUCCGAUAGGAUAUCACAGCGCCUUCUACAUUCUGAAGUAGGACCCGUGAAUAUUGAAAAAUCGUCGUUUUAACCAUCAUUGAAGUGAAUAUAACACUAGUUGUGUUGUUCGGGACAAACAUCAGAUAGGAAACAAAAAGUUUACCGCAACGGCGUCAGUAUGACCCGCACCUGAUCAACUUUAUUCACUCUCAAACAUUCUUGACAGCCUGUCCUCCAAAGGCUACAUGAUGAGUACACAGAAGAAAAAUAAGCGAGGGCAAACUGCUGGUGCAGCCAGGGGUGGAAGGCAAAGAGGAGGUGGAUUUGACAAGAACAUCAUUGUCAGGGAGCCACCAUUACGAACAAUGACCAGAGGGAAACAGGCUGAUGAGACGAACGAAGGCGUUUUUGCCAACCCUAGGUUUACCCAUCUAACAACAUCAUUAAUUGGUUGUGUUGUACGCUUACAAGUGAAAAAUGGAGGCAUUUAUGAAGGCAUUCUGAAAACUUUUAGUCCAAAGAUGGAUGUUGUACUGGAGAUGGCCCACAAGUGUGAAGACCUGGGAAAUAACAACCAGAACGCAGUGUCUAGUGUACCUUCCCGGGAACGACUUAUAGAGAAAAUACUUUUUAGUGUUGGAGACAUUUUAAUUAUUUGUGCUAUGGAUGUGGAUAUGGAUUAUUCUGUGAAAGACUCAUUUACAGACAGUGCCAUAAGUAAACACAACGGACAGACGGGAGAAAAUCCUCUGCGUGAACUGCAGCCCUGGGAGGGAGAGGACGGUGAAGAAUUAGGGGGUUUAGAAGGUGGAGACCCAGCAAAUGGCUGGGAUGCUAAUGAGAUGUUUAGAACCAAUGCAGAGCAGUUUAAUGUCAAGUCAACUUAUGAUGAUACACUAAAAAUGUACACGACCCCACUUGACAAGACGGAUUCUUCCGAAUACAAAUUGCGAGAAGAAAAAGCAGCAAAAAUAGCACUUGAGAUUGAGAAAAGUGAUCAGUACAAGAUUAGAAAUGCAUUAGAAAAUGGUGAUGAAACAAACGAGGAGGAUAAAUAUAGUUCUGUGAAACGGACACAGGAGAAUAACACUUCCCAGUCAGGAAAAUAUAUACCUCCAAACAAACGAAGUCAACAUCCACAUCAGGCCAACAGGAAUAUACCUAGAGGACCUGUACAAAAUCACCAAUACCACAGCUUGCCAAACCGCGGAGGAGGAGCGCCACUACCACAAAGAAUAGCCUCUCCAUCUCAACCGGUACCGGUCCAUAAUCCUCCACCAGUGCUAGACGAGACUAAACAUAAUCAUAUAGACAAAGAAGAAAAUAGAUGGGGAGAAAACUCAGAACAGUCUACAAAAGCUAGUCCAGUCCCAGAGUCAAUAGAUAAACAACAACAACCACCUGUACAUACGUCACCAGUGUCAAACAAAGUAGACAGGAGGAACUCCACUCCUAAAGCAAGGGAAGCUAUAAUUGAAGAAUUGAAAGGUUUUAAGAAACAAUUUAAGUUAGAGGAAUCAAAGGAUAGAGAAGAUGUAAAGGAGAAUCAGGAAGUGUCGACAGAUGUGGCUCCAGAUAAAACGGAAGAUACCGCACCACACGAGCCAGAGAAACAGGAGGAGAAAAAGAAAGAAGCUACUGAAUUAUCAUCAGAUAUUGUGAAAAAGUCAGAACUCAAUCCACUAGCUCAAGUUUUCCAACCUAAACAGAUCCGCCAACAAAUCCCCACGCCACCGCGGCCUCACACCCAGAGCCCCAUGGCUAUGCCAGCUGCCAUGCAGUCUGCCCACACCGGAAUGUUCCAGCAACAGCAGCCCACAUUCAUGUUGCCACCGGCAGUGGUCUCCAUGCCAACGCAGGCUCAGACGUCGUCACCACAGCUACGACCCACAAAAAGAGGACGAGAUAUUCCACCAGCUGUUGUAUCUAUCCAAGGUCACAGACCGGACAUUUCUGCGGCGCAGGCAACGGGACAACCACUUCUGGCUCACACACCUCAUCACCCACAGUUCAUCUUACAGAUGCCUCCUGGAAGCAUGCUUUCUCAACCCACAGCCUACCCCAUUAGCCAGGUGAUGCAAAUGCCGUCGACAUCGGCCGCACCCCCUCGUAUGGUGACGCCCACAUCACUAUCCAUGGUGCCUACCUCCCACCCGGGGGCCAUCGACCACAACAGUGUGUCACAUUCAGGGGGUGGAGGGGGGCACAUAUUUAGUAAGUCUCACUCGGGGCAGAGUGGAGGCCAUAUAUACAUGAACCCACCUACAGGGCCAGUACCAGCACACAUGCAUCAUCAGUUUUCACAUGCACAGCAUCCACAGCCCGCACACAUGGGGCCACAGCAGAACCAGCCCGGUGGUCAGAUGAACCCUCAGUCCAACACACACCAUCCUGCACCCAGCCCAGUCCAACAACAAGGACCUACAGGCCAAUCCCACAACCAAGGACAUCCACCCUCCUCUGGCACCCCCCAACCUCACCACAGCUACCAACAAAUGGGCCUCCAGCACCCUCCACUGCAGCCUAGCCCCCACAACCCCACCUCCCCCCAGACCAUGCACUCGAUGCCCCACGGGCCGUACCACUACCCCCACACGGCCAACGCACACGCCCAGCAGAACAACCAGCCAUACGGUCUAAACCAGGGCCAUGGCUCUGGUAACUCCUCCCACAAUAUGCCCGGUCAGUCACCUCACAUGCACAGUCAGGCCCAGAUUGUGAUGAUGCCAAACCCACAGGUACAGCAGAACUCCCAGCAGCCUCAGCAACAGCCACACGGCCACCAGUUCCAGCAGCAUGCAGUGCCGCACCACAUGGCAGGACAUGGACAAGCCGGACACAUGAAUUACCAGACCACAGGGAUGCCAACCAUGCAGGCUAAUAACCACACAAAUUUACACCAACAGAUACCGCCCUAUGUCCCACAAGUACCGGUACACCUGGCAAGAAAGGCAUGGAUAUACAAAACCGGUGUGACAACGUUGACACGGCUGUAAUGUGAUACAGCGUCCCCUGGGACGGACUGACCACAUCUCGUAGCCAGUAGCGUACACAGAUAGUGAUAAAGCCAUGUGCAAAAUGGCUGUACAGCUCCGAUCAUUGUAAAUGGAGCAUAAAGACAACAAUGAUUGCCGGGCCACGGAGCCAGAUCAUGGUCAUACUGCCCGUCAAUAUACACAGCUGGCCAGCUGUGAGAGAUUCGGAGAACAUGAUGGAGCUAAAUUUACGACAAACCUGUGGAUAAUGAAAAACUGCCUAUAGCAGAAAGUGAAUUUUAACAGGAUCAGUGGUGACUUUUUGUAGGCAAUAAAAAAAAAA